GCUCCAUCUGCCCCUCAGGAACCCAGCUAUGAACUCUCUCUCCACAAGCGCCUUCAGACCAGUUGCCUUCUCCCUGGGGCUGCUCCUGGUGAUGCCUGCUGCCUUCCCUGCCCCAGUACCCCUGGGAGAAGAUUCCAAAGAGGUAGCUGCCCCAAAUAGACAGCUACUCACCUCUACAGAACGAAUUGACAAACACAUUCGGUACAUCCUCGACGGCAUCUCAGCCUUGAGAAAGGAGAUAUGUAACAAGAGUAACAUGUGUGAAAGCAGCAAAGAGGCACUGGCAGAAAACAACCUGAACCUUCCAAAGAUGGCAGAAAAAGAUGGAUGCUUCCAAUCUGGAUUCAAUGAGGAGACUUGCCUGCUGAAAAUCACCACUGGUCUUUUGGAGUUUGAAGUAUACCUAGAGUACCUCCAGAACAGGUUUGAGAGUAGCAAGGAACAAGCCGGAGCUGUGCAGAUGAGUACAAAAGGCCUGAUCCAGUCCCUGCAGAAAAAGGCAAAGAAUCUAAGUGCAAUAGCCACCCCUGACCCAGCCACAAAUGCCAGCCUGCUGACGAAGCUGCAGGCACAGGACCAGUGGCUGCAGGGCGUGACGACGCAUCUCAUCCUGCGCAGCUUUAAGGAGUUCCUGCAGAACAGUCUGAGGGCUCUUCGGCAAAUGUAGCGUGGGCACCUAAGAUCGUUGUUGUUCAUGGGCAUUCCUUCUUCUGGUCAAAACCUGCCCACUGGGCACAGAACCUAUGUUGUUCUCUAUGGAGAACUAAAAGUAUGAGCGUUAGGACACUACUUUAAUUAUUUUUAAUUUAUUGAUAUUUAA